ACUGCCAUCUUUGAGGAAGGAACAGAGGAGUCAUGGAAGAACAGAAACAGGAGGAGGAUGUUGUUGGCUGGGCAGCAAGGGACACCUCUGGAGUCCUCUUCCCCUUCACCUUCCCCAAAAGGGCCAUGAAGAGCGAUGAGAUAACCCUCAAGGUUCUCUACUGUGGAAUUUGCCACACCGAUCUUUCGGUAAUCAAGAACGAGUGGGGAAAUGCAAUAUACCCAGUCGUCCCAGGGCAUGAGGUAGUCGGAGUUGUAAUUGAAGCAGGCCGCGCCGCUCAGAGGUUCAAGUCCGGCGACAAGGUCGGCGUCGGGUACUUAGCCGGCGCCUGCUUCUCCUGCGACAGCUGCGGGGUCGGCGACGAGAACUACUGCGCGGAGUUCGUCUGCAGCUUCAACAGCUCCCACCCCGACGGCACCAAGACCUUUGGAGGAUUCGCCGGCAGCAUGGUGAUCAGCGAGCGCUUCGCUGUCAAGAUCCCUGAGAUGAUGCCCCUGGACAAGGCUGCGCCAUUGAUGUGCGCAGGCAUCACGGUGUAUGCGCCGAUGAAGCGCCAUGGCCUGGACCAGCCGGGGCUGCACCUGGGGGUCUUUGGGCUCGGAGGACUCGGCCACCUCGCCGUCAAGUUCGCCAAGUCCUUCGGAAUGAGAGUCACCGUCAUCAGCUCGACGCCUGACAAGGAAAAGGGCGCUAUUGAAGCCUUCGGAGCUGACUCGUUUAUAGUCAGCAGCAACGAAGAGCAAAUGAAGGCUGCUCGUGGCACUAUGGAUGGCAUCAUCAGCACAAGUUCUGGUGCUCUCUCUUUGGGAACUUUGAUCACCUUGCUUAGAGUGUAUGGCAAGCUGAUUUUGGUCGGCUCGCCAAACAAGCCGCCAGAGCUGCCGACGUACGGCUUGAUUUCAGGAGGCAAGAGUGUAGCUGGGAGCAUGAUUGGGGGGUUGAAAGAAACACAAGAGAUGCUAGAUUUCGCGGCCGAACACCACAUAUUGCCGAUGGUUGAGGUCGUCGGAAUGAACGAUGUGAACGAUGCGAUGCAAAGGCUCUCAAGAGGGGAUGUGAGAUACAGGUUCGUCAUCGAUGUGGCCAACACCAUUUGUGCAACUUAAGCAUGGCAACAGAGCAAUUCGGAAUCAUGUUGAAUUCUGAGAUUGGUGCGAAAUAAACAAACGACAUGUUCCAUGUCUGGACAAGUUCAAAUAAAGGAGCAUUGUGCGGAUAUUUACAUAAACAGAAAUUAUUAUAAAGAUUUACUCUUCUAAUAAAUUGCAAGAUUUAUCUGCAUAAUUAAAAAAA